GGUAGUCUACCGAACACAUCGUUCCUUUUCCUUGAUUAUAUUUACAUGUAUUCUAACACCUGCCUUCACUUGUCCUGAAUCUGUUUGUUGAACAGGGUGACAGGCAAAAGGGCACUCUGUCAAUCUAAGUCGUGCUGCGAUUACAAUGCGGCCGCUCAUGCGAAGUUGGAUAGUUUGCCAGCGGGAGUGCGAUUUGACCCUAGUGACGAAGAGUUGCUGGACCAUUUAGCAGCUAAAAUUGGUCGCGGCUCGAAAAAGCCUCAUCCUUUGCUUGACGAAUUCAUACAUACGCUAGAGGAGGAAGAUGGAAUUUGUCGGACUCAUCCUGAGAAUUUGCCAGGGGUCAAGAAAGACGGGAGCAGCUGUCAUUAUUUUCAUCGACCUUCUAUGGCAUACACCACUGGUACACGUAAGAGGCGAAAAAUCCAGACUGACGAUAUUCCAGACGGUGGUGCCGAUGUUCGUUGGCACAAAACAGGCAAAACUCGACCUGUGUCUCAGGGUGGAAAGGUUUUGGGACACAAGAAGAUCAUGGUUUUGUACAGAGCUACGGGUAAGAAAUCAAAGAACAUGAAGACCAACUGGGUGAUGCACCAAUACCAUUUGGGUUCUAACGAAGAAGAAACGGAUGGAGAGCUUGUUGUGUGCAAAGUUUUCUUUCAAAAAGCACCUCGAAGCUGUCCUAGUCGUAGAACGGAGGCUUCAGCUGUGGAUGAUGUAGAGGGUGAACCGUCAGAAAGUGACAUAGGAUUCCAGGCGCCUGGAUUGUCUGGCGAUUCACCAUCUGUUUCAGUGGUGACAAGAGGACGGCCCCCAUUGACCCCGAGAUCGUGCCCACCGUCACGCACUGCAAAGCAGCUCUAUGCUGAGCCAACCGAGUCGAGAUCCGAAAUUUUUGAUCCUCAGCUUCUUGCCACUCAGUCCAAGCAGAGAGGUGUUUUUCGUUCAGAGUCACAUGGAUCAAUGUAACGACAAGGAGGGUGUUGGUGAGGACAUUGGUGUGGACAUGAACCUAGAAGCUACUGGUUAUGUAGUGUACGAGCUUGGAGACGUAGCGCUGGGAACAUUGGGAGCUGCUAUGUAUGAUGGCAAUCAAACAAAACACAUCAAUGCAGGACUUUCUGGGCAACUGUUCUCCGAAGGAGAAGACCAGUCCUUUCAAGCGGUCAACCUAAAUGAGGAGCAUGAGUCUUGGGGUCUUGAUCAUUCUGUGGAAGCAACAAAGAAUGAGGACCCCUCUGUCAUGAGUCUACUCUGUGACGAACAUCUCAACGGUGACCCCUUAGCGGAGGAUGCGGAAUACGAGGACUUCAACUUCCGAAGCCUUUCGUACGAUGUUGGUUGCAGCGUGGAGGACGAACCUUUCAGAGGUGUUGAAGGAGACCGAAAUGGUGUUGAUCCUGCAUUGGAUACUCUCGUGCUGGACACUCCUCCAGACAUGUUGGAGUACCCCGUUGUAACAUCGCAGGAAGUCAGGGAUUGGCUGGGCAAACACCCUAUUGUUGGUCUUGAUAAUACUGACAGCCAAUCGACCACUUAAACAGGUAGUUGUCUGGCGAAGGGAUGUGUAUCAUGGAGGGAUCUAUCCAACUCAACCUGUCCUCAGUGCCAUGCCAGGCCAUCAGAUCUACAAGGGGUUUGUGCUGCACGCGUGCUGUUUAUUUAGAUUUCACCAGUGAGAUUUUUGUUGAACACGCUUUACGUAUUGAAAAGCAACCUAGAAAACCACCAACGUAGUUGACUUGUUAUUUAAUCACAAUAUAGAUAUAGAUAGUAAAUAUUGCUAAAAUAUUCAAUAUUUAUUGCAGAAGAGGGUUUUGCUGGUAGUUGGAAUGGGUCUUACCGCGUGUAGCUUUUGGUUGUUGAGGCGAUUAUUUUUUGUGGGAAUAGUGCAAGUGCGGUAUAUCAGAAAUGGUUUGGAAAUUGAAAGUAGUUAGAUGUUUACAAACAUGAGGUCCGAUCCCCUUGGAAUUUUUGAUAAAUUUUUGUAUAUAAGAGUUGGAACGUUUAAGUCUGAUCA